AUGCCAACCGAAGAAGCUGUUGCUCCGAGUGAUGCGGCCGGCGAUAACGCGCCCGAGGUGACGGCCUCGGCCACCACGGCCACGGCCGAGGCAGCGCCGAAGAGGAGGAAGGGCAGCGCCCGGGCCACCGCGAAGGGGGCCGCCAGCUCGAACAAGAGCGGUGCGAAGCCGCAGCACAAUCAUCCACCGUACGGGAGCAUGAUCAAGGCAGCGCUGCUGGCCAGCGAGGACAAAAAGGGCUCAAGCCGAGCCGCCAUUCUCAAGUACAUCAUGCAGAACUACGAAGUGGGCGAAAAUGCCAGCUUGGUGAAUUCGCACCUUCGAAUGGGUCUGAAGCGUGGUGUUACAUCGGGUGCUCUGAAGCAGGUGAAAGGCACUGGUGCCUCGGGAUCAUUCCGUCUGGCCGAUGCAAAAACGGAACCGGCCAAGGCCGUUAAAAAGCCGAUGGCCAAGAAGACGGCUGCAGCUGGCGAUGUUAAAAUGGCAGCAGCAACCCCGAAGAAAUCGACAAGAACAAAAUCGAUGAAAAAGGUAUCCGCUUAUUUUGCACGGGUUUUUUUGGUGUGUCGCGGUUUUUGCGAUUGUAAUGCUUUGAUGGUCUCAGUGCCUUCCCCACUUUGA